AAGUUGAAAAGUACUGGCCUGAUGCUGGGUCUUCGAUUUCACAUGAUGGUAUGAAGAUAAGUUUUAUAUCUUCAAAAGAAUACGCAGCCUACACAGUUCGGAAGUUGAAGCUAGAAAAUGAAAAUACACAGAAGACCAGAGUAAUCAGUCAGUUUCAUCUCCUCAAGUGGCCAGACCAUGGAACACCAGACGUCAUGCAUUUUGCACUCCUGUUGCUCCAUAUGGAUUCUGUGAAUUCCAAGCUGUCCGGACCAAUAGUUGUACACUGCAGUGCUGGUGUAGGACGCACAGGGACAUUCAUAGCAUCAGACGUGUUGUUCAGACAUGGCAAAUCCACUGGUCGGGUGGACCCCCCUGCUUACGUACAGAGCAUGAGACAGGACAGGAUGGACAUGGUGCAGACAAAACCACAGUAUGUGUUUAUAUAUCAUGCCCUGGUGGAGCUCUUUCUCAUUGACAACACCAAACUGACCGCUGGCGACUUCGAUUCUAAUUGCCUGAAAUCCUCUCGUCUCCUUCAGGAAUAUAAGAAACUCAAUGGAAAACGCCCAACCAUUCCCGAAGACCUGAUGUCAAAUGGCUUAAUGCCACAGAACCAGAGGAAAAACAGGGACCAAGAAAUACUGCCAGGCAACCAACACCGUCCACUUUUGUCAUCACACCCAGCCAACAAGACCGACUAUAUUAAUGCUGUGUUUCUUCCGACAGUUCAGAGAUAUGAGGGAUAUAUAGCGACUCAGUGGCCUCUCCCGGAAACUGCGGACGACUUCUGGGCGAUGAUUCACGACUACAGGUCUACGGCAGUGGUCAUUUUGGACAGCGAUGCUGAUACCAAUGAUCCCAACUUGAUGCCAUCGGGGGAAGAGCCCAAGAUCUCAGCAGGCAUUUUCUCUGUACAAACGUCGAGUGACCCAUGGACUGAGGGUUCCAUCGCCAUUGCAGAAGUGUACUUAACUAAAGUGGGAGAUAAAGAUUCACAGAAACUCAAAAUAUUCAAAAUAUGUGACUGGCCCAAUGACGAACAAACGUGUCCCGAAGGCUGCGUUACGCAGAUAGUGUACGCGUCACAGGAAUGGCAGAGAAACGUCACUUCCGCUGGUCCCAUCACUGUCGUCUGCAGGAACGGGGCCUCGAAAAGUGGAGUAUUUUGUACCGUUGCUAAUGCUAUUGAAAACAUCAACCUUAACCAUCACAUGAGUCUGGUUCAGGUUGUGAGACAGCUACAGCUUCGUCGUCCGUCCUUCAUCAACACUUACGAGAGCUACGUCAUGUGCAAUCGAGAAGUUAAGGUACAUUUUGAUUCCUUGUCAGAAUACCAAAACUACGAAGGACCAUCUUAAAAUUAAUAUGUACGUUUGACAGUGUUCAGUGUAUAAAGUUGGACAGAAAACAAUGUUUAUAUAUUUUACAUCUCGGUGAAAUCGUAAACUUUAUUUAUAUGCACAGAAACUUUUCUAUAACAUAAUCAUUUUGUAUUGUUAGCAGUGUCAUCUAACCCAUUUAUGUCUGUCCUAUCAUACCGUAAAACGGGUUGUCUUCAUUGAGUUCUUAUGAAAAUCAAUUAAUCAAAUGUUCAUCAUUCAAAGUUUCACGAUUGUAGAAUAAGAACUGUUUUAUUAUCAAUCUCACUUACACAGAAUAUUCUAGUUUUCUGCCAAACGUGAACAAUUGGUGAUCAUUUGUGUUAUUUCAAUCAUGAUGCAAUUCUAGAGAUCACUAUUAUAUAUUUAACAAAACUUCAUCUCCACGUUUAGUUAAGGAUUUUCGUACUUAUCAUUAUGUCUCCAAAGCUAAAUUAAUUAUUUGUAGUACGUGUAUUUCAACUUGUAUGUUUCCGACCCUAGCCAGAUACAUCUUCAUGCGAGUUGACCAAUAACUAUAUAUUACAUUUGUAAUUAUAUUUUUACACACAGAAUUGAAUUGGUUUGUACAAAAGUAUAUCUGAAGGAACAAAGUAGCAUUUUUGCGACAAAGUAUUAAUUGGUUAAAGACCAUAUCUAUGAUGAAAAACAUAGUGUAACCCUCUAUACGGUUAUAGCAUGAACUUACCUUCUCAUAUAAAAGUAUUAUAUAUUCAUCAAAAUAUAUAGCACCUUGUCAACAUAUAUUGCUUAUAUAUGUUUUAACAUUUUGUACUGAUCAGAUUUAUCUGCAUGAAAUUUUACUUUUUUAUUCUCAUAUAUAUACUUAAUCGUAUUUGUUCACAUAAAGUGGUUGUACAUAUUGUAGUACGACUCUAAUUACUUAAUGUAUGCAUGCGUUUUCUUAAACGAUUAUGAUCACAAGGGGAAAUCAUUUUUGUCAUUUAAUAGGGCACUUAAAACAUUUCAAUGCAGCUUGCUAAGGCUUGCUUAAAGGAAAACUUCAACACUUGUUUUAUGAACCGCAUAAAAUUGGCAAUCUAUGACAGGAAAGUCACUAAGUGUUUCAAUAUUUUUAGAGUUCUUUGACUCCAUUCAUUCCUGUAAGGUGUUCGGUUUUCCUGCAACCUCUGAUAUACUAUAAGCGUUUGAAUUAGGAGUUUAUAAUUUUCAUAUUCUUCUCAAAUACAACCAUGUGUUCAUUGCAUCCGGUUCACAUUAUCAAUUUAUUAUUCACGGGGAGGAUGAAGCAUAGUGCAUUGGUACAGAUUGAUCAAUUAAUAACAAGAGACUACAUGUCAAUGUGCGAUUAUGAAGUCUUUCCAAUGGAUGUUUCCUAUGCGAGGAGAGAACUGUCUUGUUGUCGUCCCGUUUAUUUCAUUUUAGCUAACAUGGCACGAGGUGUCUGUGUAUUUGUGCCAUUGAUAAUGUCCAUCGUCCGUUUGCCUGUUGUCUAGCGUUUUUCGUCAUUACUUUUUUCAUCCGGCGACAACAUUUGACACAUCACAAUGCCUACCGGCACGAUAUUUGGCAGGAAGUUAACACUGUACUUAGACCAGUAGUUAUCAACUUCAUUCAAGGUCGCAGACAUCAAAUGUAUCGUAAACCUCAAACGACUUCUUGUUAAGUACUAAACGACAUAGAAUCAAAUAAUCUGUUUGUAGCUAGCUGAUUUGAUGGGCUAGGAUGAAUGUCUUUGAUCAAUUAAAUAUCAUACUGAUAAGAUUUCAUAAUUGAACAAGGGGGAUAUUGUCGUGAAAUUUAGCAGGUACAUUGAUAAAUAUUUUCAAAAGAAAAUUGCCUGUACUUUUAUUCAAAUUUACUUGUGUCAAAUAUGUUUAUCAACCCAAAAGACUGUUUUUCAAGAUCAAAGCGUACUAUAGUCUUGAUAUUCGGCCUGUCGCUUGUUCAUGUAAAAUAUGGAAAAAAAGAAGUUACAUUCAAUGUAUCCGAGCGUUACGCUAGAAUUUGUCCAAUAUAAUGUAAGUAUAACACAUCAGAAGUGGAAUACAGACCCCAUUGGCCUCUUGAUUUAUAACAAUGUCUAAAUUAUAUUGUAGUGUGUGCUGGUAUACUUAUUUUUCUGUUUUGCGUUGCAAAUUAAUUUAGUAUUAUCAAAUUCCAUGUUAUAUUUGACCUUAUGUUCUGAUGGUUGAACGUAUCAAACUUGUUAGUUCAGAGCAUCUGAUCCGGUGUAAUGUUGCAAUAUCUAACCAGGUUUCUAAAUUUAGUUUUCUAGGAAUUAAUUACACUGAUAAAUUCUAGAAUUCGAUGGGCUGAAUUUUGACGUAUUAACAUUAAUUCCAUACAUCAAAAAUAACCUGAACACUUUGAAUCAGAUUUCCAUUAUAGAAAGUUACUUUUUCUAUAAAAAAAACAACACGAUUUUGUCGAAUUAUCCGGAUCCGGAUUCAAGCAGAUCUGGUAUUCAUUCAGAAGAGAUUUUUAAAUCUGUACUAAGCUAUCUUCAUAUUUUUUAAUAUAAUUGAUUUAACAACUAUAGAAGAAAUGUCAUUUUCUACUGCAUAUUUUUGUAUGUAACCUAUAUAAAAAUCAUCUUUAAAUACGUUCCUAUGUAACCGGAAUAACUAAGACAUCUACACUUUAUACAUUGUAAAAUGGGGGAAAACACAGGCGUUUACAAAGGUCCAAGUAUAUGUAUUACUAUUGAUUCUGUGAACAAAGGUCCCAGUAUAUGUAUUACUAUUGAAUCUGACAACAAAGGUCCCGGUAUAUGUAUUACUAUUGAUUCUGUGAACAAAGGUCCCAGUAUAUAUAUUACUAUUGAUUCUGUGAACAAAGGUCCCGGUAUAUGUAUUACUAUUGAUUCUGUAAACAAAAGUCCCAGUAUAUGUAUUACUAUUGAUUCUGUAAACAAAGGUCCCGGUAUAUGUAUUACUAUUGAUUCUGUAAACAAAGGUCCCAGUAUAUGUAUUACUAUUGAUUCUGUGAACAAAGGUCCCAGUAUAUGUAUUACUAUUGACUCUGUAAACAAAAGUCCCAGUAUAUGUAUUACUAUUGACUCUGUGAACAAAGGUCCCAGUAUAUAAUAUUACUAUUGACUCUGUGAACAAAGGUCCCAGUAUAUGUAUUACUAUUGAUUCUGUAAACAAAAGUCCAACUUUAUGAAUUUCUGUGCAAAACUGAUCUAGAUGGUCUUUAGUAACACUAGCUAUAAGUACAUAUAUCCCUUUUUUGUAUAUUGACUUAAGCAAAUCUGCAAAUUUUAUAUUGUACUUUUUUCAUAAAUUAGACUUUCUUAAGUCCAUUGACAAGAACGUUUCCAUACAGAAUGAAACUAACUCUAUUACAUCGUUCAGACAGAUUUCCUGGAUUUCAUCUAUAUCAUAUCUAUUGAAACUUGUCCCCACCAGUGUCAUUUUCCUUAUUGUUUUCUUGGGUGGCGCUGAGCUGGAAUAAAAUGUCAUUACUCUAUUCCACCUUUUUCGAUAGAUAUUGUUUAUGUUGUAUAUAAGUUUAUGCAACAUGGUUGACAUUUCUGUAACCGUGUCUGCCAUGUUAUUCGUCAUUUAAUAAAAUGACAUUUACUUGA